AUAUCAAUAUAGUGUCUCAGCCUAAACACAGAAAUGCGCAGAAGCGCUCAGCAGGUGCGAAGACUGUAAACAAUACUCCUCCCAAAAAGACACGACCUGACGCUGCGGGAACCAACCAAUCGCUGCAGAGAACUUUGGUGACGCUCAGUACUGUCAGUACAGAGGUUCCGAAUAGAGUGACAGCGAAGCCGGCGACUACCAAGUCAGCAGCAUCAACAGCAACCAGCAAGACCGUCCCAGCGGGGGCCAAAGCUCCAGUCGUAGCGACAAGCUGGCCAGAUGUGCUCAUCUGUGGAGUGUGCAAGCUUCAGUUCACCAACCUACACAGCCUGGCUCAGCAUAAGAAAAUACCCUGUCAGCUGCGUGUCAGCACACAAGCUAAACAGGAUCCUGCCACAGACUCUGGAGAUGCUGACGAACCUCUGAUCCUGAUUUGUGCUGUCUGUGAGACAGAGUUCACUUCUGCUUGGGCUCUCUGUGUCCACUGUACCGAGGAGCACAAUUUGAGCAUUUACAAGACAGAGACAGCUGAAAAUGUUGAUGGUCAAUAG